AUGCAGAAGGCCGAAAUUGCCAUUCUUCGUCAGACGCAGAUCGAUUUUUUCGGCGAAGAAUUUGCCUUGCUUCGAGAAGCUAAGCCCUUGUCCAAGUCGAGCAAAUUGAAUCCUCUCUGCCCGAUUAUUGAUGAAGAUGGCCUCCUCAGACUGGACAGUCGUAUAAAGCACAUGAAGAACGUUGACUAUGCCACUACGUCACCCAUUAUUCUUGAUGGCCGUCACCCAGCUGUUCGUCUACUCAUAAGGCACUACCACGUCGAAGCUGCACACGCCUUCAACGAGCUGGUGAUUAACGAACUUAAACAAAGAUUUUGGAUACUUCGAUGCCGUAGCGAAGUGCGCAUGGUUGCCCGAAAAUGUGCCUACUGUUUAAAGCGAAAGGCAACGCCCCACAUCCCACCAACUGGCGACAUACCAGAUGUGCGCCUAGAGCACCACAAACGUCCAUUCACAAACACCGGACUAGAUUAUUUCGGCCCGGUAGAAGUAACAAUCGGCCGACGUCGGGAAAAGCGAUGGAUAGCCCUAUUUACGUGCAUGACUACGCGAGCAGUGCACCUGGAAAUUGUAGCAAGUCUAUCAGCAAAUUCUGCAAUAAUGAGCAUACGUCGCUUUACUGCACGUCGAGGACUUCCGAAUAAGAUACUUUCCGAUAACGGAACAUCCUUUGUUGGAGCCAACAGACAGCUGUGCGAAUUUUACAGCGACGCCGUGCAAGACUUUGCUGCCAAUAAACACAUAGAAUGGUGCUUCAUUCCUCCGGCGUCACCAUUCAUGGGUGGUUGUUGGGAGAGACUUGUUAAGACAGUUAAGACAGCACUCCUUGUGACUCUAAAAGAAAGGGCUCCCAGAGAGGAACUACUCCAUACUCUUCUCCUAGAGGCAGAGGCGCUAGUAAACUCGCGGCCAUUAACCUACGUUACUGAGAACAGAGAGUAUGAAAGCCUGACUCCGUCCCAUUUCUUGAUAGGUACCUCUUCACCGCAGCAGCUACCGGCCGUUUUAGACGAUGGUGUAUUUUCGUCAAGAAAGGAGUGGCAAAAGGUUCUACGACUGUCCGAGCACUUUUGGACCAGGUGGCUUAAAGAAUACCUGCCCAGUCUAAAGCCGAGAAGAAACGACGGAAGGCAGUGUCACAAUUUAAAAUUAGACGACGUUGUCCUCGUAGUUGACCCUGACCUGCCUAGAGGUGUCUGGCCUAUAGGCCGUAUAGUGGAAGUGUUCCCGGGCAGAGAUGGAAUUACAAAAAGGUAUAAUCAUAUAAAACCUAUUUCGUCCUCAACAUCAUCCCCCGAGACGCCUCGCCAGUGUCGUGUAAAUAGUGCGGAACACAUUAAUGUUGUUUCUCCCAGUAACAGGUCGCGUGUGUCGUCUUCUCGUUCAUCAGCCACAAUAAAGGCACUGAGGUUGAACGAGAAGGCCCAAUUGGCGCGUCGCAGCCUGGAGCGUGAACAGCAGCUAUUUGAACGUGAGCAGGCGCUACUGCAACUACAACGCGACCAGGAGGUCGCACGCCAGCGGCUUGACUUCGAACGUAAGCUCUUCGAACAAGCUAAGCAAGUGGAAGAGCUCGAAAUAGAGGCAAGACUGGCAACCCAAGAAGUGGAUGGACGAUCCAACAUUCAUACGGUCAGUCAAUCUUAUUCACGUACUGCAUCGUGGGUCCGCGACGUCAGCCAUAGUGGCCCUCGUCCCGCUGACAACAACGCUGAUGCGGCCCUAAUAAAUAUCCCGCCUACGGGCGCAGACUCUACUACGGUUCACGUUCGCGAGAGAAACUUAGGUUUAGAACCUUGUUAUAUACAACAAAAUAAUGUAAACAACCCUAUCAACCCAUAUUUCUCUCAAGAACGAGAUACCACACGUCAAAAGCCUAACACAAAUGAUAUGAUUGCGUCGCAUCGCAAUCAUGAUAAUUCAGUGGUACGUCAUAAUCCUGAAAAUCAUGAAAUGCAUCGCGAUGUCUACAGAAAACCUGUGACAUUUCAAAUACCAAUAAAUGACAAUUCAAAUUUAUUGCAAACCUCUACGAGCAAUAAUAAUAAGGUAUUGACAUCAAUGCCGUUGCUUGACAACUCAAAUAACAAAGAAUGUCAGUUGCCGUCAAAUCGGCCCGAGCCUUAUUUUAUUUCUCAAAGGUGCUCGCAUAAAUUACAGCUUACUCCUUUUAGCGAGAAUCUUGUGCGUUUGAGCGGUGCGCUGCGCGGCCAGGCCCUGGAGAGUGUGUCGUCGUUGCUGUACACGGCGGAGCGGCCCGAGCAAGUGCUCGACGUGCUGGAGCAGACGUUCGCGCUCCCUGAAAUGAUCGUGCUACACGAGAUUACUCUCGUGCGGAAUCUCCCAAAGCUAAGCUUUGAUCAAAAAGACCUUAACAACAUUGCUUGUAGAUUGCGCAAUUGUAUAGCAGUAAUUAGAAACUUAGAUCAGAUAGAGCAUAUUUAUUCGGUAGAGCUGUUUCAUAGUGUGUUAGCCAAACUGACACCGAUAUUGUACAGUCAGUGGAAAGAAUUUGCGUACAAAAGUGACCGAUCUGUGCCUAAAAUUCAAUUACUGUCUGAGUUUCUUGAUAUUGAGGCUAUAAAACACAAUCGUUACGGUUUAGUACCUGAUUACGCCCGACGACCUGGCACUGUUAUGCCUGAUUUAGGUAGGCGGUCUGGCACAUUUAUGCCAGAGUUAGGUAGGCAAACCGGCACCUUUACUUCAGGUUUAGGUAGGCGAAAUGGUGCCAUUAUUUCAGAGUCAGGUAGGCGACAUGGUACAGUCGGCAACAAUAAUUUUGCACACAAACCUACACGAAGUGAAAACAUACAUGUGACAUCUGUCCGUAACACAAAUAGCGAACUAUGUCGUUACUGUAACAAUAAACAUAAACUUACGGAGUGUGAGGAAUUUAAGUCGCUAACUUUAGAUGACAAAUGGAUUUGGUUGCGUGAAGCAAAGAUAUGUUCUAAGUGUCUGGUAUCUAAAUCACAUCGGUGGAAGUCAUGCAGAAUCGGUCGAUGUGGUGUCGACGGGUGCGAGCGUUUUCAUCACCCAUUGCUACAUUCAGCAGCGACGCCUCACGUAGUCAAUGCUGCCAGAGAGUCUCCGUCUUCCUCCUACGAUGUUAUUGAACACAAAAACAUUGAUAAAACUGUUACAAUUUCUAACGUCACUGGAUCACACUCAAACGAUGAAAUGUCAAGUCCAGAAUCUCAAGUGUUUUUAAGAGUCAUUCCGGUUGAAAUAAGUGGACCUCAUGGAAAAUAUGACACAUAUGCGUUACUUGAUGAUGGUUCCAUGUCAACUAUGAUCGACUGGGAGGUGGCACGCCACAUUGGAGCGACUGGCCCCAUGCAGUCAAUCAAAGUUGACGGAGCCUGUGGAAUGUCAGUACACAGACCCAUCCAACAUGUUAGCUUUUCUAUAAAAGGUAAACAAUGUUCUGAAACAUUCACGGUUAACAACGCUAAGGCCGUAAACUCGUUGUCACUGUUCACACAAACUGUCAACCAAGGCGACAUUACGAAAUAUUCACACUUGGCUGAUUUAGCGGACGUUCUUUCAAUAUCGGAAGCUACACCUAAAGUCUUGCUUGGUGCAGAACAUUGGUACCUCACUAUCUGCCGCGAGCUUAGGGAAGGUGCCCAAACCGAUCCGAUUGCCACACGUACAGUUUUAGGUUGGGUAUUACACGGCAAAUCCAACAUUUGGUCUAAACCCGUCUAUUUUAUAAAUCACAUUUCAAGCAAAAAUAGUGCUAGUGACACCACCAUGGACGAACUUGUGAAAGAUUAUUUUCGCCUUGAUGCCAUAGGUAUUUCUAAGUCUGAAAAUGUGUACUCUAACGAAGAUAAACACGCUUUAGAGGUUUUAGAAUCCACGGCCAAACGUUUGCCAUCAGGUAGGUUCGAAGCAGGUCUAUUAUGGCGUAAUGAUAUUCCAAACACACCUGACAGUUAUCCUCAAGCGCUUUCAAGGUUCUACGGUUUGGAAAGGCGCAUGGCUCGAGAGUCUAACCUCAAAAAAGAUUAUUGUGCCUUUAUCGAUAACAUGAUGUCAAAAGGUUACACUGAAGAGUGUCCAAAGGAAACAUACCAUGAUAAAAUAAACACAAGCGUUACACACAAAUGUUUACGUUGGUAUUUACCCCACUUUCCUGUAAUACACCCUCAAAAACGAAAACUGCGCGUAGUCCAUGACGCAGCCGCAAAGACUUCGGGAGUCAGUUUGAAUUCACUCCUGCUCCCGGGGCCUGAUCUCCUGCAAUCACUGCUACACAUAUUGUUCCGUUUUCGUGAAGGUCAUGUUGCAAUGACAGCUGACGUGAAAGAAAUGUUUCCUCAAAUUAGGAUUAGGCAGGAAGAUCGUGACGCUUUACGUUUUCUUUGGAGGAAUGACCCUCACUGUCAAUUAAAAGAAUACAGAAUGACUUCCGUUAUCUUCGGUGCUGUAUGCAGCCCCUGUACUGCUUUAUACAUAAAAAAUCGUAACGCUCAGGAAUUGCAAAGGUCUUACCCGGCCGCCGCAAAGGCUAUUGUUCGUGAUCAUUACAUGGAUGAUUAUUUAGGAAGUCUUGACAGUGUCCAAGAAGCUGCGCAACUUGCAGCUGACAUAGUAACAGUUCACAAAGCGGCAGGCAUGGAGAUGCGUGGUUGGGUCUCUAACGUACCCGCUGCACUUGCGGCGGUACCAGAAAACUUACGAGCUCCUGUAGUUGAAGAUAUACAUGUAGGGCCUGAAGCUUUUGUUAGAACAUUAGGACUUAUAUGGCAUCCAAAGAGCGAUACCUUUAGUUUUCGUACUGGUUCUCCCAUACCUGACCAAGGCAAAUUAACAAAACGAAAGGUAUUGUCUUACCUGAUGUGCGUGUACGACCCCCUCGGUCUCUUGACUCCUCUGGUUAUCAAGGUCGUAUUUUAUUCCAGCAGACAUGGCGAACUGGUAUUGAUUGGGACACUGAGCUGCAAUCACAUGCCGUUCAAAAGUGGCAAGCUUGGUCUCAACAACUUGCUACGAUUACAUGCAUCAAAAUUCCGCGCUGGUACAGAUGUGGGUUUCCAGAUGAUAUCAUUCGUGACAGACAGCUCCAUAUGUUUGCAGACGCCAGCGAGGAGGCAUACGCGUGCGUCGCAUAUUGGCGCUUUACAUUAACGAGCGGUUCCGUAAAGCUGUCUCUCAUUGGUGGAAAGGCCCGACUGAGUCCUUUGAAACCUACGUCUAUACCACGACUUGAACUCCAA